AAUUGAUGGGGGAGGGGUUAUGAUGGUGAGCGUGUUACCUGCUGAAUUCAAGCCCCUCUCUUGUAACUGCAACCUGCACGCCCGAAGGUGUCGUUUUAAUAUGGAACUCUACAAACUAUCUGGUCGCAAGAGUGGAGGUGUUUGCCUUAACUGCCGACACAACACAGCUGGUCGUCAUUGCCAUUACUGUAAGGAAGGCUACUAUCGGGACAUGACAAAACCAAUCACCCACCGAAAAGCAUGCAAAGCGUGUGAUUGCCAUCCCGUGGGUGCGGCUGGAAAAACCUGUAAUCAAACUACAGGGCAAUGUCCCUGCAAAGAUGGCGUGACAGGCAUCACUUGCAACCGAUGUGCCAAAGGGUACCAGCAAAGCAGAUCUCCUAUUGCCCCCUGCAUAAAGAUUCCUGUUGUUCCUCCCACCACUAUGGCCAGUAGCACGGAAGAACCCGCAGACUGUGAUUCCUACUGCAAGGCAUCCAAAGGAAAGCUGAAGAUCAACAUGAGGAAGUAUUGCAAGAAAGACUACGCUGUCCAGAUUCACAUCCUGAAAGCAGACAAGGCUGGAGAAUGGUGGAAGUUCACAGUCAACAUCAUCUCUGUAUACAAGCAAGGGACAAAUCGGAUACGGCGUGGAGAUCAGAUCCUCUGGAUACGCUCUAAGGAUAUUGCUUGCAAGUGCCCGAAAAUCAAACCCAUGAAGAAAUACUUGCUACUGGGCCACGAUGAAGACUCUCCUGACCAGAACGGCAUUGUAGCAGACAAAAGCAGCCUUGUGAUACAGUGGAGGGACACAUGGGCUAGGCGACUGAGGAAGUUCCAACAAAGGGAAAAGAAAGGGAAGUGCAAGAAAGCCUAGAGGGAGGACUGGAGACGAGACGAGAGACACUACGCACGUUGUUCUGUGUAGAACUUGGAGCCAGUGGGGUGGGAGAAGGGACACACUGGCAAACACCCACUUUACAACUUAUGUGUAAAAGGCUGGGGAGGGCAAAGGAGGGACUGGUAACUUCUCUGAGACAUGCCAGUUUUGCACCUCAUAAUACACAAAGGUUUGUGAGAAAACAGGUUUAGAGAAGAGGGCUCUAUGUGGGGCCCUGCUCACCAUAGUAACAAAUAUUAGAUCAGUUACUAGUUUUCAUCAACCCCUUUGGCUUCCCUUCUCUCUCGCACUGAACAGGAGAAUGACCAACUGCCUUAAGUCUGCUAACAAUUAAUUCCAAAACACAAGAUUAAAAAAUCUGUCAUUACAACAACAACGGUGACAAUGACAUUGCCCUCUGAAUGAGACAUCCACAGCCCCCUGGAGACUGAAUCAAGUUGUUACUGGUAGGAAGAAUGGCAGGUAAGGAUGUCAGCUUGAAACAGAUUCCUGGAGGAGCAACUACCUUGUCAGCAAACAGCCUGAGUAUCUCACAUGCAGCAUCUAAAUAACUGGGUCAGGUUUUCAAAAGAAGCCUAUGAAAGACAGCUUAAUUUUAACCUAUGACAAUGCUACUUAUCCACAGUGAUUAGGAGAUGAAAGAGGUGUUCUGUACCAUUCGGGAAAUGCAGUCCCAAACUCUCAUUUGCUCAGUUUGAGGAAGAAAAGUUUGAGCAUUGUGAAAGAAAAAAAAAUGUAUUUAUAGAGCUGCUGAAAUAAUGAAUAUUUACUCACCCAUAUGCUUGAAAAUCUUACCACCACCACUUAAUUAUGGAUAACUUAAAGAAAGAAUUGAAUAUGAAUUAAUACUCAUGCUCUCUAGGAUGUCUCCCAAUGAUUUAUUUGUGGAUAUGGCUCUUCUCUGAGAGAAACUGGACUCCCCCCCCCUUUUCUUACCUUUAAGCAGAAUGUAAAAGUAUCACAAUGUUAAGUGGUAGCAGUUGCUGUCUAAACACCAACUAAACCUUCUGCAAACAUUAUAUACUUGGCAGAGUCUAUACUAGCUCUCCCCUAAGAUGGCACCAUAGAACAACUUUGCCACCUGUGCCUUGGAGGGAUGCAGUCUGAAGGAAGCAAUGAAAUUGCACUUCUCUGAACUUGUGUGUCUCCGUAGUGGUUGUUAAUACCUCAGUGUAAGACCCAAACAGCACUUCCAGUAUUAGCAUAGCAUUUGAGCUGGAAACAUGACUGUAAGCUUGUUCUACUUGCAGUGACUGAAUUGACCAAGAUUUGUAUAUUAAUUGCUGCAUGGAAGAAGCAAAAAAUUAUCAUUGAACAAAACUCUUGCUAGUGCUUAUAUAGAACAAUCGGACAAGAAAAUCCCUUUGUUUGUUACGUUAAUGUCAUACUGGUAUGGUUUGGGACUGAUCAAGUACUUGGAAUGAAGAUGGCAUGUCCUUUUAACAUCCCCUAGAACAGCUUUCUGCACUUUUUUUUAAAGCUGGAGGAUGGGCUUUGGCUUCCAUUUCAGAUCACAAGCGAUGGUGAAGUUGUUUGUUUCCAUGAAUGCAAAUCACCCACUGCCCCUGCGUAGCAAACUUGGAUGACUCUAUGAGCAGGCACUUCACCCAUGAGCUCAGGGCUGCCAGCCGUGUAAAAUAAAAACUUCCUCAAGAUGUUUCCUAUUAGGAAACUUGGAAACAUCCUUUUAAUGACAUUUUUCCAGUGGUUGUGCCUUGUUUUAUAGCAAUUGACAAUAUUUAUAUAAUGACAUAAGCUACCAUAAAGCAAACUGCAGCACAAAUAGGUGUAAAGUGGCCAGAUGGUAGGGAAGUGGAGAGCUGGGAGGGGCAGAAGUCAGGAGCCUUGGCCUAAAGGGGGAGAAAUAAGCACACUGGCUCAACUGCUGUGCUCACUGCUGUCCCCCCCCCCCUUUUAAGUGCUUAGUUGAUGAAAUAGGUAUAUGAUAUUUUCUUAACUGAGAUGCAUUUAUCCAUGUAGGUAGUAUCAAUUUUUAUUUUAGACCCAGAGGAUGUGAGUUCACCAACAGGAAAGAAGAGUUAAAACUUACAAGGAAACUGAAGCAUAUUUCAGGACUGAAUGAGAGACACUUUUCUGCUGUCCAGAUUGGUUUUAAUUUUACUUCUACGAAUUUCUGUAGGUUGGCCAAUAUUAAAAAAUGUUAUCCCUCUCCCUCCCCCAGCAGUCUGAAGCAAUAAAGCUCCAUUUCACCAUCUCAAGAUAUGGCCACCUUCAUGUUCUGCUGGAUUGGGUAGAAGAGGGCAAACUGUGUAUCACUGACGGUUUAUAUUUUACCAGGUAAUAGAUGUCAGACUUCUUAUCUUCAGUAAACCUGUUCUCCAUUGAUUUGUCUGCUUAGGAAUCAGUGACAACAGGAUUCUGAAGGGCAAUAUAGAGAAUGCAUUCAGUUCCUGUGGCCAGUUUCAGCUGUGCCUGCUGGACCUCCACAAGAGAGGUCAUUACAAUACACCCAAUAUUUCACUCAGCCUAGGCACUUCAUGGAAGGAAAAUUGAUCAAAGAAUACUGGAUAAUCACUGGCAGGAACACCAUUUGAAUACCACUGCUGCUUGUGCUCAAAGUCUUGUUUUCAAAAGUCAUCCAUGUUAUGCAAAUCCAACAGGUUAAGGAGCACUGUGUGAAAGAAGUGUGCAAAUGCAUAAUCAACAUCUGGUCAUCUCAAAAGGUUCUAUUUCAAUGAUACAGUUGUAAAGCAGAUAGACAAGAAGUAUAUGUGGCAAGUUGUCUGGCUGAUGGUCCAUUCCAUCAAAACAGGUAAUUAAACAUAUUUGCAUACUAACUGUGGCAAAUUCAUCCAGAAAAUGGCAAGCUGGUAUCAAGACCAGAGAAAUUUGAAAGCAGCACCCAUAGUGGAAGGAGCAACCACAAUAAAAGCUUGAAAUGUAGUUUUCAGAGUGCCAUGCUGACUAUGGUGACUGUUUCUAAGCGAGGGCUACAGUGCAGUGAAAGCUGGACUCUUUGGGGGGGGCGUCUGCUCCAUGUGUCCCAUGAAGUGCUUUCCCCCCCAUUCAAUGCAUCUUCUUUCUCCAGAUUGGGUUUUCAGAAUUAUCUGCUUCCCAUGCAGCCGGUGUCUUUAAGAGAUACCAUCUGAUCAGCAGCAGAAGCACCAGAGCUGCCCAAAGGAGAAGAAGGCAAUAAAAUUUCUUUGCAGCUAUUGAGCACUUUAUGUUCCCUCUCAGCCACCCCAGAAUGAUCCAAGUCCAUUAGCCUGACCCAGAACUGUUGUCAGCAGCCAAGACAGAGAU